AUGAACCUCCCCAGUACAUCCGAAAUUCAAUCAACUCAGCCAGCCAAACAAACUCUACCAGAGCAACCAGAGACUCAGCAACAAAAGCCGAUUUCAUCGCAACCACAGUCAAUUCUUUUUCCACAGCAAACAUUGACACAACAGCCGUCGCAAUUACCACAGACUCAACCAACUGUGACGCCAACUAGUCAAGGAAGAUCAAGUGUUCCGCUUUCAGAUUUUAGUCAAACUAAUCAGUUACCUGAUAUGAAGAAUCUUUUAGUUAGCCCUCAACUCCAGACACUGGAACAGCAACAAAUGGUAUUGCAGCAACCAUCCCAACAACCUGUUCAGCAAGCAAUACCUUCUAGUGCUACUGUAAUCUCAACAGUACCUCAGACAAUUCUCACUAUUUCAAGUGUUGGAGAUCAUGAUUGGAACUACAAUAAUGUUCGUGCACAAGGUUCACAAAGAAGGGAUUCAAAAACUUUGCAAUGA